CCGGCCCAUUAAUCUCUUCAGUCUUGGGAUAAUUAUCUGUAAAAAUGAUCGCUGCAUUUGUUGCACUAAUUUCGGUUUUAUUCAUUGCAACACCUCAAGUUUCCGGUGCCCCUAAGCACCAUUACGAUUACAAUGAUUACGUUAGUUACGAGAAAGAACCCACUCUUCUUUGCACAUUCUUGAAUUGCAAGCAUUCAAAGGGCAAAAUUGGAGGCGUGAUCCAAGGAGCAGCAUCUUUCGUUCCAGGACCUAAAUUAAAACAGUUCGUGCCUACUUUAACGGCUGAUGGAGAGGCCCAAUGGGACGUAGCAGUCAAAUUAAGAGAAUAAAUGUCAUAAUUAUGCGUUUGAAGAGUUUGUAGGUUAGCUUUUUGUGUAAAAAUAAAAUGAAACCGAAA